AUGGAGUUACUUGAAUACUAUUAUGAAAAAUUGUAUGAACAAGACUCUUUUGAGCAAGUUAAGAUUAUUCAACAACUAUGUUAUGACUUAAUUACUGAUUAUCAAUUGAAGUUGAACCAAGAGAAUUGUGGUGACUCACAAAUGUUGGAAUCUAGUCGGAUGGCUAAUGAUGGUUUAGAUGAUUAUGAUGCAUAUUUAAAUGGCAUCAAAUAUCCAACACUCCAAGUAAUUGCAAAAGAUAUUUUAGCAAUUCCUAUUUCUACAGUAGCUUCAGAAUCUGCAUUCAGCACUAGCAGUCAUAUUUUAAGCCCACAUCGUAGUCGACUUCAUUGGACAACUUUAGAGGUUUUGAUGUGUGCUAGAAGCUGGUUAUGGAGUACUGAAAAUAGUGGUGGUAUGAGUUCUAAGUUAAGCAAUGAUUACACAACUUGA